AUGAUCACCAAUAGCCCCCUCUUCGAUACAACUUAUAUUCCUCUCGGCCAACGCCGAGGCAUCACAGACCUGGCGCAAAUAGCUUUGGAUCUGACCUGGGCACCCGAGAGAGCAGAGCAGGAAGCCAUUGCUCGGUCUCGGGCAUAUCCCUCUCCGCCCAUGUCAGGAUCUCCGCCCCUCCCCCCGAAGCCGCCCCAAGAAGCUGGUGAUCGUGGCCAAAUACCUGUUGGCUAUUCAAAUCCCAAUCGUCAGGAUGCUUAUCGAGGUAACCUGCCUCAACAACCUCCAAUUGAUCGCCCAGGACCAAUCAACAUGCAGCCCACGCUUCCAAGGUUGUUCCAGCAAGAAGCUCCCGACGCUUCCGUAUACUCAUAUCGCAGGCCGGAGGAAACGGCACCACGGCCUGUAUCCUAUGCUCAACCAGGCGCUCCGUCCAUGUCCCAACCGCCAAGCUACAUCCCCCCUGGAGGGCCUGGAGGGCCUGCGCCUUAUCCUCCAUCUGCCCGGCCAACGGGCGCCGAGAACCAGGCAAUGACUUCUCCCAAAUCGCAGAGGAAAACCAAGGGCCAUGUGGCUUCUGCGUGUGUUCCCUGCAAACGAGCCCAUCUUCGAAUAGCGCAACGGCCAUGCUCGAGAUGUGUGACGAAUGGAAAGGAAGAAUCAUGCGUGGAUGUUCAACAUAAGAAAAGGGGUCGACCACGGUUAAGGGACGAUCGAGAUACUCGUUAUGAUCCGUCCAGGUUUCCGCACCCUCAGGAUGCCGCAGCAAGACGACCACUAAGCAUAUACCCUUCGGGUAUGCCAGUAGGCCCUGGGUAUGCUGAACACAUGGCUCCUAGGUACCUCGAACGAACACCGAACACCGACCCUACCCAUUACCCAGCACCUUUGCCGACUGCAGCCAGAGGUGGAGAGCCUGUGGCCUUCUUAAACAUGAAGAUGGACUUUGCGAAGACAUCGCCGACUUUUGCUGAGGCUGUUGGACACCCUGCUCUUCAGGGACAGAACUUGAGUGAUGUUGUUGCUCCAUCAGAUAGGGAUAGGGUAUUGUCGAUUCGAAGUCAACUCAUCGAAGAACAGACGAGAAAGGAACCGAAUUACCUCCCUCCCAUACUCGCUCGGCUCGACCACAUCAUCCAGGGACUUGGAUUUGGGGCGGAGGAAAUCGGGCGGUUCCAGCUUGACCGCCAAGAAUACCUGGUAUUCAGAGGUGCUGAUGGCCAGCCGAGGCAAUUUCCUAUCCGUCUCGGCCUGGCGAAAGAGGGAUCCAUCUAUUUCGUGGUCAUGAUACUCAGCUUUAGAUAUCCCUUGCCGCCUUCGCCUGUCUCUCGAGAGGUGGCACAUGCCUAUGGUUCUCAACCGCCGACUCCUCAGGCUGCCUAUAGUCAGCGAAUACCGCCGCCAGCGUCAGUGCCAGUGCCGCCACCCUUUGACCCAACUCGAAGCCGAUUCAACGACAUGCCCUUGGUAUCUCGACCAGCUCCUGGGCCUUCAACGCAGCUGCCGGCAAAUCUGUCUCCUCGCAUUGCUGUCGGUGCUGGAGCGACGUCGUAUGCGGCAUCACCUAGCCGUACCGAAUAUGCAGGCCCACCGUCAUAUCAUGUUCCUCGAAGCGAACUGCCUCCUCCGAGCGGACCACGUCCUCAAGCGUCGUUUCAGCUUCCGCCGAUCCGAGCUCAGCCAGAUCAGCCUGGGGCACGCCCAUCGGGGGAGCAAUCAUGGCCUCGGGGGGAGCGGCCGAAUCGAGUUGAUAUUGGAGGCCUGAUCGAUAAGCCUGAUGCUCCAGGACGACCGCGGUAG